AUGGCUACAAAGAAACUAAGGGAAGAAAACGAACUCCUACGAUCGGAGAUCGAAGGGUUAAAGAACCAACUAUACAAGAUAAGCGAAGAUUUGAAAACACAACAAGCUACUGCAGCAUCAAAGUCAAGCAGAACCGCUGAAGCGAAACAGGCAAAAGAUACGAUCGAACGAACGAACUCUGAGGAACGAGCAGAGGCUGUUGUCUUUAUGAGCAAACAAUAUGAUGAUCUAGAAGUAUUCCGUAAGCAAGCGACGCAAGAUAUUCAACAGAUCACAAAAAAAUUGGAUUCAAUCAGUAAAAAAUGUGAUGAGAUUACUGAGGCCAUCGAACUGGCCAAACAAUAUAGCUACCAAUACAACAUUAAGAUCAUGGGCGUACCGCAAUUAAACGAGAAAGAAUCGGCUGAAACUACAGCAAAUCUUUGUAUCAAGCUGUUUACGGCUAUGGGCGUAACUGAUGUAUCUUUACAGGACAUAGACAUUGCACAUUGUGUCCAAUCUAGAAGACCUUCACAAAAUUCCAACCCAAUUAUAUGUAAAUUUGUCCGUCGACUAGCUAAAGAAAAGAUUAUGGCGGCUCGGAAACAUGCAUUAGAUAAUAUCACACCUGAUCAGCUUGGUAUUGAAUUGGCCUAUCCUUCAACUACACGAAUUAGCAUGUUUGACCAUUUGACACCACGCCUACAAAACCUUCUGUAUGAAACAAAAAGGUAUAAAACGAGCAAGGGUUAUAAGUUCUGCUGGGCAAGAAACAGUCAAGUUUAUUUAAGAAAAUCAGAGAACACUGGAGUAAUCCGUAUAAAAACACUGCAAGACCUGACCAACCUAAUUGAACAGGAGUCAUUAAGAUAA